AUGGACAAUGAAUGGAAGUUUGACCGGGCCAAUGGUACCCCUAUUCCCAAUAUUGAAAACUGGAGCGCAACAAGCGAUAAUGGGGAACCCUAUCUGAUCCAAGUCUCAUGGCCCUUGGGAUGGCCUCCAAUUGAACGAACACAUGAAUGCUCGCAGGCAGCUAAUGUGAUCUACGUUGUGGACGGCAACGCAAUGUUUCUAUCAGCGACAGACAUCGUACGACGGAAUGGACUCGGCCGCCACAAUAUCGGAACAAUCGUCGUCGGAAUCUCCUACCCGAUCUCGGAUGCAGUUUACAGUGCUCGUCGAGGCUUCGAUCUCACACCCCCUUGCGAAAGCUACAAUCCGCCGAAAGACGCAGAUGGAAAACCCUACCCACAACCCCACGGAGGAGCGAACAUUCUUCUUGCUUUUAUAAAGAAAGUCCAUAGCUUUUUAUUUGGCUCAGUUUUCCCUCAAGUCUCACUUCGCCAAACUGCGCUUUUCGGCCAUUCCUAUGGUGCGCUUUUCGCUCUUCACGCGCUGUUCACUGCGCCUGCGUCAUUCGAUGCAUACCUUGCGGCAAGCCCUUCAAUCUGGUGGAAUGAUAAGUUCAUAAUCCAGGAAGAACGUGAAUUCUACGCAAAGCCUGAUAUUCAACACCGACCCCUGGUUUGGAUGUCGUAUGGGUCUCUAGAACAGGUACCCGAUCGGCAAAAAGGGGAGUCUGAGGAGAAUUACGCAAAACGACUACGCAGUUCAUCUGAGCGUCGCAUGGCAGAUAAUUGCGAUGAGAUGUAUCUUUGCUUGGAAGCGAGUGAGCGAGUGGGAUAUAUGAGAAAGAGAGUCUAUGAAGCAGAGGAUCACGGGAGUGUUAUUGCUACCUCUUUGAGUGGGGCCAUUCUCUGCUUUAUUGAGAGUUCAUCGGACUCAAGUGGUGCAAAAUCAGAGUCCUGA